CAUACUGCUUGGUGGAUGGUUUUGGUCUGGUCGAAAAAAGUUGUUAAAAGCGCAGAAAAAACGACUUGUAAUGCAACUGCUUCAGUGACUGUGAAAACGAAGAUGUCACCACUUGGAGCCAACACUUCCUCGCAGCGAAUCCCACAGCAAUAACAAAUAAGAAUUAAAUUAAUGAUGUGAUGCAGCAGCAGAGGUUGGAGUUCGGAAAACACAACCUUCAAGUAGCGUAGGCCACCUAGAAUCACCCGGAGCACCCGGGCACUCACCCGGUUCUCAAAUCCACGAUGAGCUGGCUGCUGGGCCUCCUCGGCCUGCAGAUCCUGUUCCUCUGGCUCCUCCGACUGCCCGGCGAGAUCCUGGGCGUUCCUACGCCCCUUAAGUUGCCAGGCUACACCCACAGGCUGACGCCCUACAUCAAGCACUGGGAGGCGGCGAACUUCGAUCGCCAGGUGCUGCAGGCGGCGCAGGUCAGGCACCUGGAGCAGGCUCGCUUCCGGCAGAAGCGACAGGUGAGGCCAGAAAGGGAGGAGGAGGAGGAGGCCACAGCCUCGCCAAGUGGACUGGCGCACACCAUUCGCUUGAAUUUCUCCGCCCACGACAGAGAUUUUCGCCUGGUGCUGCGCCAACAGCCGCAUUCGGUGUUCGCCCACGACGUGGAGAUCGAGAACACGCUGGGCCCCAUCGACUACGAUGUGUCGCGCAUUUAUACGGGCAGCCUGGAGGAUGACGAGGCGGCCCAUGUCCAGGCGAUCCUCACCAGCGACAAUCUGCUGGACGGGACGAUAGAGACCCAGGCGGAGCACUAUUACAUCGAGCCGGCGCAUCGAUAUUCCCAGCAGCUGGCCGAGAGCGGUGUCCACAGCAUAGUCUAUAAGCUAAGUGAUGUAAAUAUGCAGAAGUCGCAGUUCUCGGGCGGUGGAAUCAACUCGGCCACGCCCGCCAAGACGCACUGCGCCAGCGAGAAGCUGAGGAAGAAGCGCUGGCUGCCCGAGGAGCUGGCCAUGUCGGAUGCUCCGGCGCCCACGUACAAUCGCAAUCCGCCGCUGCCGUUGGAUCUGGAGGUGCCCUACAACGAUGACUUCCGCGUCCUGGCCUCCGAGGAGGACAAGAGCGAGGAGGACAAGCCGAGUAGGAAGUACCCAACCACCUCCACGACCAGGAGCACUGUGCGCAGUACCGAGAGUUUUCUGGCCACGCUGACGAAGCCCACGUCGAAUCGCAACAUACUUGUAAAUAACUACAAUCCCUCCAAUGUCGGCGAGGGAAGUCGCAGCUACAGCAACAGCCAGAGCAAUAAUAAUAAUAAUAAUAAUAACAAUAAUAAUAGUAAUAACAAUGUGCGGAAGUUGUACACGAAACACAAGAACAUUAUUGUGAGCACGUACAAUCGACCCAUCGAACCGGAAUUCGGAACGCCCUACGAGGAACCCUCGAAUAACAACAAUACCCGCGACCUGCCCAGCAACUUCUUUAAUGCCAACUGGACGACGCUAUUUCUGGGAAAUAAUAACAACAAUGGUAACGAUAGACCCAGCCAUAAAACGCAUGUGGAGAUCAUCACGAAGAACGGGGCCACCAAGAAGCCAAAUAUCAUUGUUAAUAACUACAAUCCGGAGAUUAUAUUCGCACCCAAUCCGCAUAAUCCCAGUUUCAACAGCAUGCUGAUGACGAAUCUGCUGAGCGGAAGGGGUGGCGAUGAUAUACACAGUUCUCCCAGGCUGCUCUACGAUCGCAAGACCACCUGCAUGCUGUAUCUGCAGGCGGAUCACACGUUCUUUCAGAAAAUGGGCUCCGAUGAGGCCUCCAUCGAGGCCAUAACGCGGCAUGUGCAGCGGGCCAAUACGAUAUACAGGAACACGGACUUUAACAACGAUGGCAAACCGGAUAAUAUCACCUUCAUGAUCAAGCGCAUCAAGGUGCACAACAUGAACGCGAUGAAGGAUCCCAGCUACCGAUUCCCGGGCAACUACGGGGUGGAAAAGUUUCUGGAACUGUUUUCCGAGGAGGACUACGAUGCCUUUUGCUUGGCCUACAUGUUCACCUAUCGUGACUUUGAGAUGGGAACUUUGGGAUUGGCCUGGACGGGUGAUCUGAAAAACGCUGGCGGUGUUUGCGAGAAGAACGGUCAUUACAGGGGUUCGCUGAAGUCCCUGAACACAGGAAUAGUCACUCUGUUGAACUAUGGAAAGCAUGUGCCGCCUGCAGUCUCCCAUGUGACAUUGGCCCACGAAAUUGGCCACAAUUUCGGAUCACCGCACGAUCCGGAGCAGUGCACUCCCGGUGGAGAGGAUGGUAACUUCAUCAUGUUUGCCCGCGCCACUUCGGGUGACAAGAAGAACAACAACAAGUUCAGCACCUGCUCGCUGAAAUCCAUAGAACCCGUGCUGAAUGCCAAGGCACGUUCGAUGAAGGGCUGCUUCACCGAGCCGCAGUCCUCGAUUUGCGGCAAUGGGGUGGUGGAGCCGGGCGAGCAGUGCGACUGCGGCUGGGAGGAGGACUGCAAGGACUCGUGCUGCUUUCCCAUGUCCCGGCAGCCGCGUCUCGACGAGACUCCCUGCACCCUGACGCCCCAUGCCCGCUGUAGUCCUUCGCAAGGACCUUGCUGCACCACCGAUUGCAAGCUGAAGUUCGGGGACAAGUGCCGCGAUGAUAACGGCUGUCGGGAUCCCUCAUUCUGCGAUGGUCGAGUGCCCCAAUGUCCGCCAUCGGUGAAUAAGCCGAAUAAGACCAUUUGUAACAAGGAAUUCGUCUGCUACAUGGGUGAUUGCACGGGCAGUAUAUGUUUGGCCUACGGUCUGGAGUCGUGUCAGUGCAUUCCGGGUCCCCAGGACGAUCGCAUCAAGUCCUGUGAGCUGUGCUGCAAGCUGCCCGGCGAGGAGAGUCCCUGUCGCAGCUCCUUCGAGUGGAACGAGGCGCCUUUCGAUGUGCCCGACAUGUACUCGAAGCCGGGAACUCCCUGCAAUGAUUAUAAUGGAUACUGUGAUGUGUUUCAAAAGUGCCGGGAAGUGGAUCCCUCUGGCCCACUGGCCACUCUGCGUAAGCUUCUGCUUUCGGAGGAGAGCAUAGCCAGCUUCAAGAAGUGGAUGCAGCACAACUGGUACACAGUGGCUUUAGCGGCUGUAGGAGUAAUCCUGCUCCUGGCGCUGAGCACAAAGCUGCUGGCGAAACGGUCGAAUCUGAAGCUUAAGUCCGUCACCAUCAUACACAGCGCCACCACGGAGACAGUGCGUCUGCCGGAGAACAACAACGGGGUGAUAGUUCACACCGCGGUGCGGACAAAGGUGCCCUUCAAGAAGAAGGUUCGUGGCGAGCGUACCAAGAAGCCGGGCACCGGAACAACACCAGGAGUAACUGCAGCAGGAGUAACAGCAGCAAGCCGAAGUGCAGCCAAAAGCAGUGCCAAUCCAGAGCCAAAGAAGUCCACCAGAUCGCAGGCGAUGGCCAAGAAGAAAUCGCUCGAGGAGGAGCCCAAAAAGUCCAACAACAAAAAGCUGGGCAAGCACAUGAAGGAGAUCAUCGACUAUUCGCAUCGCAACAACAACGGCGAUGAUGCCUCCAAUUUGUCGACCACCAACAAUCAUACCAACACCUUUGGCAAGGUGCAAAAGUGGCUGCUGGAAUCCCCCAUUGUAGCCCAACCCUUGUCCCACAUCGAGCACAGUUCGCGGGUUCGCAAGGUGAUGAGCAAGUCGCAAUCGACGCCAGAGAGACUGGUGCAAAAGACACCGCCGAAGACCAAGUCCAUGGGCAAUCUGUCCAACGAGAAGGUCAAACUGCAGGUGGUCUACAAGCCGCCCUUCAAGUUCUCCCUGCGGUUGUCAAAGAAACCGAAGGUGAAGACCCAUGUGGUGGGUGUAACCGCUGGUGGCAGGCCAAAGAGAAGUCAGAAGACUGGCAACCGAACGGCAGGCCAAUCCUCCUCGAAGGAUGUGGCCAAUCGAGCGAAGAGGAGUGCAUUGCUCCUGUGCAACGAAGCGGAGGAUGAUAACCAGAUACUCACCCUAAACGAGCCCAACUACGAGACCUUGAAGCCACCGACGCCGCCGCGUUCCAUGGAGCACUGCUACGAGAAUGUGGAUAUGCAGGCAGAGGCGGCCUCCACUUCGAAGCCCGGCAGCAGCAGCAGCAAGGUGGCGCCUCCGCCAGUUCCUGCCCAAAGGAACUCCUAUCGCCGCUCCAACUCCCUGUCCACCCACAAUCCCUUCGCGGCGGCUCCUCGCCGGAGUAGCAGCAAGGCCAGUGGUUCGGUGAAUCUCACGCGCAACUUUGGCAGCACUCAGAAUCUGAUUAAUCUCAGCCAGAAUCUGUCGAAAACCAAGAAGCGCAGCAGCCUGAACCUCAAGGGAAAUAGCAGUGCAGCCACCAGGAGCGGGAAGGAUCCUUCAACGGCGGCUGUGGCCUCACCUCAGAGGCGUUCCUCGUCGAAUGCCAAUCUUCGCAGGGAUAGCAGCGUGUCCUCCUCGAAGGCAGUGCCUGUGCCACCGACCAGGAACUCGCGAAACAGCUUCAGCAACAUUCCAAGAGCCAGUUUGGGUGGUACUGCCAAUGGAGCGCCUCCUGCCAGCUUCUCGCGCCAAUCUUCCAGCAGCACAGCCACCAGCAGCUCCUCUGUAACUCCAGGAGCGCCGCUGCAGCAAUCUGCCAGCACAAGCGCCAUGCAAAGGCCACCACAACCCGCGCAGCCCACGCGAAGAAGCCUCCACAACUUCAGGGCACGCGGAACAGGAGGAGGAGGAGGCACUGGAGUAGCAAGUGGAAAGCCAGGAGCAGCAACAGCAACAUCUGCAGCACCAGCAACCUCCAACGAGAACAAUGAGCUGCCCUCGGAUCUUGAGGUGGUUAUUUCCGAUGUGGAGAACCUGGUUAGCUAAGGGCAGCUCUCCACCCGUUCCAGUUUCCAAAACCAACCAAGUGAAAGUGAUAAGUCUUAAUGUUAGUUAUACAAAUUGUCGCAUAGGUUUACUUGCAUAACAUACGUAUAUAUAUAUUUGUACAUACACUAUAUAUAUAUGAUGUGUACUUUACACUGCCUUAAACUUGCCGUUUCUGCUGAAUAUGUGAAAUACCACGCCCACUCACAC